AUGGUGCCUGGAGCUGGGACCGCCGGCACCGGGGUGCCUCUCACCCCCGGCGCCCCUGCCCUGCCUCGCCCCCGGGGCCCGGCUGGGACGCGUGGUUCGGAGCCGGCGUCGGGUUCUGUCCGGUCGGGAGCAGAGUCGCUCGCACAACCCGGGACAGCCCAGGCCGCGCGUGCGCUCCGGGCUGCAGGCUCUGGCCCUUCCGACCCCUCUGUCCCCGCCGCACAGGCUAACCGGCUGGAGAAGGCGGCAGCCGCGGCCUACACCUUCCUCCAGAGGAACCCGAAGCACGAGCUAACCGCCAAGUAUCUCAGCUACUACCGGGGGCUGCUAGACGCCGCCGACGAGCCGCUCACAGACUUGGAGGCGCAGCCCUACGAGGCCGUGUUCCUCAGGGCUGUGAAGCUCUACAACAGCGGGGACUUCCGCAGCAGCACGGAGGACAUGGAGCGCGCCCUGGCCGAGUACCUGGCCGUCUUUGCCCGGUGUCUGGCCGGCUGCGAGGGGGCCCACGAGCAGGUGGACUUCAAGGACUUCUACCCGGCCAUAGCAGAUCUCUUUGCAGAGUCCCUGCAGUGCAAGGUGGACUGUGAGGCCAACUUGACCCCCAACGUGGGUGGCUAUUUCGUGGAGAAGUUCGUGGCUACCAUGUAUCACUACCUGCAGUUUGCCUACUACAAGUUGAACGACAUGCGCCAGGCCGCCCACAGUGCCGCCAGCUACAUGCUCUUCGACCCCGGGGACAGCGUCAUGCAGCAGAACCUGGUGUACUACCGCUUCCAUCGGGCUCGCUGGGGCCUGGAGGAGGAGGACUUCCAGCCCCGGGAGGAGGCCAUGCUCUACCACAACCAGACCACUGAGCUUCGGGAGCUGCUGGAGUUUGCACAUAUGUACCUGCAGUCAGAUGAUGAGAUGGAGCUUGAAGAGACAGUGCCUCCCGUGGAGCCCAAGGACCCGCCCUCCGACACCGAGUUCGAGGGGGAGGGGGACUACGAGGAGGGCAUCUAUGCUGACUGGUGGCAGGAGCCGGAUGCCAAGGGUGACGAGGCAGAGGCCGAGCUGGAGCCUGAACUAGCAUGAGAGGGCCACCCUUGCACCCCUCAAGAGCUGGGGAAGCCUGAGCCCAGUGGUACCGCCCUCACCAGCCUGUGCAGCAGCAAGAACUAUUUAUUAAAAAUGUACAACGGACAUAGCUGACCAGGCCCCAUCCCAUCCCACCUGUGAGCGCUGCUCCCCAGGUCUCAGGGUCUCUGGGCCACAGGAUGGUGGUGCUCCAGCUGCUGACGGCCCCCUCCUCCCCGGUGCUCUCCUCAGCUGGGCAGUCUCCUGGAGGAGAAGGUUCCUGCUCCUCCAAGCUGGGUCUCAGCCUGGAUUUCAGAGACAGCAGAGGGGCCGCUGAUGUUAUGAAGAGCACUCGAGAGUCCAGUGGUUCCUGGCUCACUGGCAGUGGGUGCUCAAUAAAUGUUUCCUGUCGAAUGAA